AGUCACAACUGCUGGCUGUCUCUUUUGGCUUUUUAUCCUUUUCUUCUGGACUUCACCAUGGCUAACGAUGAGCAAACGCAAAAGAGUGCCCGUCGCUGUACACUCCGAGCUUACGGAGUACUCUGCUCUUCUGCGCGCUCUCAGAACUACUGAUACACUUGACUUGACCUCACAUGUUAUCCCUGAAAAUGUCCUGAGACGAUUCCAUACCGAGCGUGACUCGCAAAAUCUUAACGAUGAUGUAGACUCGACCAACGUCGACACGAAUAUUCUUCCCUCACCAUCUCGCGCUCCUUCUGCUGGUCUUCAGUCCGACGCGAUGUCUGUGGAUGUAUCUCCCUCAAGCUCGAGAAGGCCUAGCCACAAGGAGAUCACAUGGACUAGGUGGCCUUUGCUCGUCGGAGACGUGCAUAUUCCGGAAUUUAGCUUCGAAGAUGAAGUUAGGAACAUGGCGAAACAGAUAUUAGAGCUGAAGAUGCGGGCGUCGCUGAGACAGGGUCUUCCGGAAGGCCAUGUUUUAGCUUCGGAAGCUACACAGACGAACACUGUCAGUGAUGACGACUCUCCUAAGGAUGCUUCGCCUCCAGCAAGUCCGUCUUCUGCUUCCACCACGCUGGAUGCCUCCGAAUCUCUCCCUCACCAUGUGCUAAAUCCUCUAUGCCAAGCUACUGCUACACAUCUCUCGCAAAUUCUGGGUUCGGUCGCAAGUAUGGUUCCCGACGUCCAUAUCUCAAUGCAGGAUCGAUUGAAACCAGUAGAUUGGCAAGACCUCUUGGGAAUGGUGGGAGAGUGCGGAUUUGUCGAUCAGUCGAUUAUCCAACGCGUGCGCGACCGCAUGCUCGCUUUGUACCCCGAAGACGAAGCUUAUGUAGAGGGAAGUUUGCACAAUCUCGAGUUUGGUGAUAUUGCUGCUCGGCAUCAGAAUAGAUGUCUUUCCCAGGUCUCCGAUAGAGACUUCGCCUUUCUACAGCCGGACUGGUAUGAUCCGAAAGCAGUUGGCGUCGCAAACCGGAAACGGACUGCAAAGAAGAAGGAAGUCGGCGGCUCUCAGACUCCGCGGUCCAGACAUAGUCGAACCGACGUUGGAGAUGGCGGCAUUAGGGCUGAUGACUCUUCUUCGGAUUCUGCACCAUUAGCUGGAUGAAACCUCUUUCGUUGAUUCUGUCAACUUAACGUCAUACGUCCAUGAACCUUACUGUGGAAGAGCAUCGCAUAACAGUCAAAUGAGCUCUCAAUGCGUCCAUCCGUCUUAUCCGUGAGUGUCUUGCGUCCUCGAAAGCCGUUUUCGUUCCUCGUUAUGAUGUUUGAGGCAUUUGGCUUUAGCAAGCACGGUUCCGUCGCUUGCGCUGCAGAAAAUUCUCGCUACCUAAUUUUACACUUCUGAACUUUUCUCUGUUGGCUGUUUUUCGUUUCAAUGGCAGAAGCUAAUUUUAUAUUCUUGUUUCCUAGGUCUGAUAGCUGCGCUUCCAUUUCGACAUCAUCUACGAAUCAGAUCAGGUCGUUUCACCGACAUAGGCUUUGUUGGUAGAUAUGGCUCGUUAGGAUUCUCAAUAAAGAAUCGUCUCUUUAAAUGUGGUGUCCUUCAGAUGAUGGUAUCUUGCGCUCUCAAUGCUUGCUUGUCUGAGUUUCCAGUUGCGACCAAUCCGACUUCUCAGGUGUGUUGGCCAGGGCAUUCCAGCCCGAGAUGACUUACGGAGCUGCCAUUUCCUUGGCAUCGUCAGCCUAUCAUUCCGCGAACAGCUUCAACACCACGAAGUGCAGGAAAAGAAACCUUCGGCCCUGUGAGCAGAUGACACACUUAUCAAACCGAGCCUGUGCAGAGUCUUCGAAGCAGGAACAGAAUCUGUCAAGGUAAAACUGGGAGAACUGAUGUUCAUUGCUUCAGCUAUGGAUCUUCGUCGCUUAGUGCCUUUCGAACCUGUGCUCUCAUCGUAUCCCUCGCUGUGGGCUGGGUAUCGGUAGCGGCUGAUGUAUCCUUCCCUUCAUUACUACUCCUCUCCAACGAAGUCGCCCGUUCACGUUCCAGCCGUGCGCCCUCCGCGUGGAGACGUGCCUCCUCCUUCUCAAAUUCAUCAUCGUUCAACUUGUUGGACCCGCAGCACUGAUUGCCACCGCAUUGCGCUAGAAGUGAAUGCGAGUGUGAGUCGGCG